ACAGCGGCCGGUGGAACACGGUUAUCUAGUGUGUGGACGCCGUGACGCGGUCUCUACGGGGCUUUACGGCACCGCAGACAUCGGCAAAGAUGCGACGCCGGCACUUUCUCCGCGUCGGAGCCUUUCGGUAGCGGAGCAGUUAUGAGCGCCAGGCCCGACCCAGGCCAAGCGGCGACGGCGUUGGUGGUGUCAACGAACCCCGUCCCACAGGGUGGACGCCGUGUGACAGCGGCGCAACGCUGAAACGGGAGGCCGAGAAAGACAACAUAAAAAGAACCGCAAACAAACCGAAGGAGGAUGCCGAAACGCAAGACGCCCAAGCCCCUGUACCGGCUCUGCGUGGUCUACGUUGCCGGCACCAUCCACUCGCUGUGUCCUACUCACGACGACGACUCGGCAGCCGUCUUCCCGCCGCACGUGAGUGAAGACCUGGUCGACGCUCUGCAGUCCUACAAGCAGUCAAACUUCACCUCGCUGCAUCACCUGCUCACGCACCGGCUGCGCCGAAUCAAGCUGAGCUUCAUAGACUGUCACUUGCCGAUAGACAAGCCUUCGCGUUUGCCCCGGCUCCUUCGGCAGAUCGCGGCUCACGGCAAGCAGCUCGUGGAGCUGUCUCUCGUCGGUGCCGUGCACCAGGACGACGCGACGCUGGUCACGGCCCUCGGAAGGCUUCCCCGUCUCCGCAGGCUCACGUUGUGCCUGUGCAACGUCACCGACCGCGUCGUGAUCUCCAUAGCCGAGCACUGUCACGAGCUUACCGAGCUCAAGCUCUCCGGUCAGCGAGUGACGGACGAGUCUCUCUACCUUCUCGUCGCUUGCGAGCAGUUGCGCUCGGUGCUGCUCGAAAGUGACAUGUGUUUCGAUCCGCGCAUCACCGUCUCCUCUUCGUUCCACCUGCUCCGAGGGCUGCCACGCCUGCAGACCCUCAAGAUCCCGUUUCUGACCGAGGCUUUGCUCCUGUUUCCCGCCGGCUGCAAGCUCUCACUGGUCGAGUACGUGGAACGAAGCCUCAGCCCGCUCCUGCAGUGCACCACUGCUCUGCCGCACAUCGUCAGCAUCUGUCCUCUCCUGACGCGGGUCAGUCUCUUCCUCAAGGGCCAGGAGGGCAUCCUGCCAUUGGGACUUCUGAAGUCCUUGGCUGAUCUCACCCUUCGAGUCAUUUCAAACUCGUCGGAGCUCUUCUUUCGUCGACAAGUCGAGCCGGUCCUCAAGAUGGUGGGGCCCCACCUAAAGACACUCACCCUGUCUCUGCCCGACUUGGAUGUAGCUGCAAUCAGCGAGCAUUGUCCGGUAUUGACGAACUUGGAGAUGGAGGACCUGCGGACGCUGAUCCUGUCAGACCAGCCGUCCACGUUGCAGCACGUCCAGUUCAGCCGGCUACAGCGGCUCAAGUUCUUCCCCCACGAGAUGAACACGGUGACGCCAGAGCAGCUCUUCGGGAUGCUGCGCAAUGGCGGCAAACUGACCGAGGCCUGCCUCGGAUGGUGCCAGCUGACGGAUGCCUCCCUGGAGGCCCUUGUCGCCUCCGGCACCUUCGCCCACCUCCGCGAAUUUGAGCUGAACGAAGUGGAGUGCGUGUCAGGUGUGGGGCUGCGUUCACUCGUGGCGGCCGACAGCGACCUGGCCUCCCUGACCGUCUUUGGCUGCGACUUCGUGACACGAGCCGACAUCGAGCAGCUGCGGGAGCAGGUGGCUCAGCAGAACUUGGAUCUCGUGAUUCGCUACUUCGAGCUCUGAGGCCCAACGGCUGCGUCUGCGGGGCGUGCACAUUGUGAGAGUGUUGAGUGUGUGUGUGUGUGGACGUAGGGAAGAUCGUGCAUGAGCGGUGGUUUUUUCAGAGUGUGAAACCCCGGUCAAUUCUAUUCUAAAGGUUCAAAGUGAGUGUCGGAUGCAGUGUCGGAUGAGUGUCGGAUGCAGGAUGUUUCGUGUUCGGGUUUACUUCAGUGUGUCCAAACAUUAUUACACGAAUAGAACGUGCAUGUGCGGAAUCUCUUUCACAUUUGGCUUUUCUUCAACUUCUGCUCGUGCGAUUGGCCAGAAGCCAGAUGUUCUACAUCUGCUGGCUUCUGGCCAAUCGCAUGAGUCGGUAAUCGAACAAAGACAAAAUGCUUUCGAAAUGAUGCCCUAAAGAAGGUUCUCGAGGUAAGGCAACGGUGUCGACUCAUGGCUGGUGAAGCUCCAAGCUUCGAUGCAGUUGUUUCGAAAGCUCUAUUUUCAACAGCACCACUUAUGAGCGGGACAGGCAAGGAAAACGAAUGACAUGUUGGCGUGCGCAUGUUUCGCGCUGACACUCCACCCAAUUCGCAGUCCUUGUAUAUUUCCUGAGCCGUGGUAAUGCGCGUGAUGACAGGGCCAGUGAUGACUUUCUUGCUGCUGAGAAUGGUAGAAUCUGCGCAUCAUGCAAUGCCCAAGUUCUUAUUAAACACUUGGGUUUCUCUGAUGCAGCAGCUCGAACUAUGGCUGCCUUUUGAUCUAGAGCGAUAACUUUUUAAUUUUGUUUCAAGCAGCUGCUGCUGUCGUUCAUUUUCCUGUCAUAUAACCAGAAAUACGGCGGGAAAAGCAAACUGGCUAACUGACCUGCACCUGUGCCACUGCUGCCCGCGUACCAAACGAAGCAAACGAGUGCACGCAGCACACUAACAGAAGUUCGGCUUGGCCAGCUUGGCUUGACUAGCUUGUUCGGCUUGGCUUGAAGCAUUACCCCCUGUGGGGCAGCUGCAAAAGAUUUAAACUGCCACAUUAAUGGGCCCACAAAGUGCCGCACAUUUGAAUAAAUCAGUACGUUGUGCACAAACAGGGGAAUGAAAAUUUUUCAUUAUAACUCUUGGUCAGUAAAACUUAUUCAUUAAAACGAAAUUUUAAACACAUGGAUAUCUAUGGCAACUUUCAGGGGGAUUAAUAUUCUUUUAUUAUACCCAUUAUUCCGUUAUAGACUGUUUCACUAUAAUGAGAUUUAAGUGCAUGAUGGGUCGCAUGAUGGUAUAGUGCAGGUUGUUGCUUGGCUUGAAGUGUGACAUGGGUUGCAGGAAUGCUCCAGCCGUAUUGGCAAGGAGGUUGCAAUCACUGUUACACUGCAUUGUAUUGUUGCUAGGCCAAGUUGGACAUGGUAUGAGCCCAGUCGAGAGCAUAAGCGUAACUUUCUUUAUUUUAGAUGUUCAGAUUGAGGACGCAAACUGUUGGUGGUAUCCCAGGAUUCCAUACACAUAGAAAGACAGACAGAAGGGAAAACACUGGUGUGGUUUUGCAGACUCAUUGGCUCCCUGCUCUAUUGUCCCAUCUGUAGAGUCCAGCUCUUUCAAGAAUGUUCAUGAAGCAUGGCUGCUCAAGUUGGGUCCUUCGUUUGCAUGCUGCGCGUUUUUUUUCUUCUGGGCUUUCACUUAACAAAGCACAUAUCCUGCAUAUAUCCCUAAUGCCAACCUACUGCCCUGCACUACAAAAUAAUACUGGUUUAUUGAUUACGUUCAGUGGGAAAUCUUCAUCGGGGGUGCGCAAAUGUUUGAAAUCUAAUACAAAUCAAGUUCAUACCAUUCGAUUCAUAUCCAAUACAUGAACCCAUUAGGUGUAGUUGUUGAACAUUCACUUAAUAUAAUUACGUAAGUGGUGAUUACAGUCUCUAUGGAGAUUGAGUGAUACAUGUGAGGACUGUUUUGAAUUAUGCUCAGAGAACGCAGUUUUUUCACUGAUGAAUGGAGCGCAUUCCAAUCGGUAAUUUCAAGUAGUUGAAUACGAAUGGAUUUCUUUUCGGUGUAUAGCCGAUACGCUAGUUUGUUUCCAUUAUUAUGUGACCAGCUCUCACCAGCUUUAGUACGACACUUACCUCCUUCAGCAAACACUAUGCUCUACGUACAUGUGUUAGUGUGUUUCGGUAAUGCGAUUACUAUGUUGCCGCAGGCAGUUAGAAGUUGUUCAUCAUUUGCAAGCUCCCCAGUUCGAAUUCUGACACGAAAUUGCCAACAGUACUGUAGUUACAUGUGUGUAUGUGUACUGUCCAAAUCUUUUUUUCUAUAAGUCUAGUACUUGAUGUUGCCUUGAAUAUGUGGAUGUAUCCUAUAUUCGAAAUCUGAAAUAUUAUAUUCGAUUCUAGUUCAGUACUGGAUCAUAAAAUUUCACGAUUCAUAUACUUCUCAUUUUCAUCUUUCUUUGUUGUCGACGUUUAGCACUGCCUUGAGCCGACGUUCGAAAAGGGUGCUGUUAGAUGCUUAUCACAGCCUUGAGCACAAUUCAGGGCGUUGCUUGUCGUGCUUGCCAGCCAUGCGUCGGUUCUCACUCAUAGCAGCAGUGAUCCGAAAGUCAAAGAGGAGAGUGACGUCUCGCCACAGUGUGAGCCAUUUAGUGGCCUUGGUGCAUCCGUCGCCUUCAGAAGGGACAUGUUACGCGCUAGCUGAAUGUAAGGCAUCGAUUUGUGGCCAAGAAUGCUGUGGUCCCGUGCCGUGACAGCUAGCAAGGCUCGCUUGAUGAGCUAACUAAACGGGUGUUUUAGAGUCUGCGCUUAGUUCGGCAGUUUGUUUAUUGGUAGACAACAUGCUACUUGAUGUGUGCUCAUCUGUACUAUCAAAGGCGAUGAAGCGAGGUGUGCAGUGAUGAUUCGAGCGGUCUAGUUAAAAUGAGGGAGCGAGAACAAAGUAGAGUUGGCGAUUUUGGGCUGAACAUGCGUAACUCCAGUGUCGCAGCAGUCAUUCACGCACAAGUUUGUUUUCUUUGAAGCUGGACUUUCAUUGUUCGAAGAUCUCUGAACAAAAUGCCACGUUUAGUAAGUUAGUGCGAAUAGAGUUAGCGUACAUUUGCUACCUGUGUAUUGUUGUGCGCCAUACCGGCCGUUCGUGGAGUGCAAAUGCGUACAGGCUUCGUAAAAACUAUGCGGGCUACUCUAUGCCUUCACUGGAUAAGUAUGUCAUUCGGCAGUGCAGUGCAAUUCCUGCGUGGGACCUCUACAUCAUGAGUGCGAGAGCUCCUUUGAUUUUGCGCGUCGUGACGCUUUCCGUACGCCAGACAGAGUCCUUUAAAGAAGCGCAUAGUCGGCGCCAUGGCUGCAGACAGCAUAAUGUAGCCUGCAUACUUUUGACGAAGACUGCACUCAAGGCACCGUUUUGUUUUGCUGCGUGUGAUGUUGCGCAAAUGGGCACAUCACGUGGAGCUAGGAGAUGGGGUUGUUGCCGACUUUGCCGUUACACAGGAGCCGGUAGACUUUAGUUUGCGUAGUUGUGGCGUACUGUCGUGUUGCGCACAGCAAUGAACCGGCGAGCGGUUCAUUGGGCACUGCUGCUUUUGCGCAUCCACGUACUCGAGGGCGUAGGAAGUGUGUCGCUUUAGUGUCUUUCAUGCGGUGCUCGUGUGAACCUUGUUGUUACUCUUAGUAGAGUUUCAUGCGUGUGAAGAGCUGAAAGCUUAUAUUUAAAUUCAGUGUGUAUCGAGUGUUUCAGCAUGUAAAAACUUCUUCCAUCUUGUUCUUUUUUCCCCCUUUUCAGAAAGUCUAGGUUAUUAUACGUGUACAUAGCUUCAUUAUGAAAUGUGAUCACUGCGAAUUCAUGUUGCAGCUUUAAGUUUCUGUGCAUGUCAUAGCAGCCAACAAACGAUUUGUUGUAAAAACAUUGUUGUCGGUGUAAACAGCAGUUUGUUGCUUUUUAUGCUAACAGUGUUACACGAAGCCACCUACAAAUGUUUCCACGCAACGAAUGUCGACACGCACAAAGUGUAUUUUCCAUACCAGGGAACGCUUAUGAUUUCAUUGUAAUAUUUCCAGUCUCAGUGUUUGAUGUACAGUUGCUGUAUUCGGGCCAGUCAUUUUACCAUUUCAUUAUCUUGUGCCUAGAUUACAGCAAACCUGAUUCUCAAACACUAAAAACAAGUAGGUUGAUUGAAUUCUUAACUGCCUGACCUCUGGGACUUGUACAUUACAGGGACUUGCCCAAGCAGCAGCAACACCAACCUCAUUAACGUUUAACGAUGCCCACAUUUUUAACCACUGUGACACGAAUACUUCGGUAAUUCACGACGACUUUGGCACAGAUCGUUCAAACUGCAUGUGUGUAUACAAACAUGCACUGUUGCCAGUAUCUGCAAAACCUGCAAAUCUUUCAAGGCAAGCUUCAAUGAAAUUUUUUACCACAUGUAAAACUUAUAUUUAAAUAUAUAGGAGCUUUCAUUUCAAUUUCUGAAGUUCAAAACAUGAGUGAAAGCGUUGUGAAACGCUCACCACGAAUAGCCCAUUCCAGUACUGAAACUGCAUAAUGUAUUGCCAUUACAGCUCGCUAGAAGCACAAUGUGGCUUUGAUUGUGCGACUUGGCAUAGCCUCUGAAGUAAGGCAGCACCUGCACUUGCUCUUGGUUCGCUGAAUCCUUUGUGGGGUGGUAUGCUGGGAGUUCCGUCGUAGCAACGACUACCAGGUGCAGGCUGCUGAACAAGAAAACUGUACCAGUAGCCGUGCACCCUGCGGCUUUGCGAGGCUUUUCCUCUGUGGUACACGUUACUAAUUUAUAAGAAAUUUAGCCAGUGUGAUAUUCUAUUGUAUUUGGCCUCUAACAGUUGUUAUCUAUAGCACUUGCAGUAUUUAGUAAUUUUCACCAAAUUUUAGUAUUUUUAUUCUCCACGAAUUCUUCGUAUGCUAAAGGUGGCAAGUCUGCUGCUGGGUGGGUAGAUAUAGUACCCACUUUUGUGCUGCCUGCAUUUUAGCCAACUUUCUGGGUAUACCAAAUGCAUAGACAGUUGUAAGUUUGUUGCCAGGUGUGUGCAUUUAGCUGGGAAGUUGCAGAAAACGCAUGCACUUGGGCAACUGUGGUUAUUGCCACCAAGUGUUUAAGUGAAAGUGUUUAAGCACUGCCCUUCAUGCUCUGUAAAGUCUGCAACGUCUACUAGACGUGCCAUCGGGGGUAUGUUUGGCUUCCGCUGCAUGUGCUGUGGUUCACUUACGUUACUCUCCAAGCAUUGCAGCUGGUCUUGGUAAAGAAUAAGAACUGUGCAAUUUAGACAUCUUUUGUAAUCGGAUAGAACUUGAAAUGGCAUCUUAUCCGAUAUGUUCGAAUGCUGCGAGUUUUGUGGUUUUACAUACAACGCAGUUACAAAUGUUACGCAAAUUUGUUGCAUAGCAACGAGUCUUAUUUUCUUGGUUUGCUGUUUUUGGAUGGCUUUAAAAGUGUGGUAACGAAGCCUUGUAAGUAGAAAUGCGAUUUUCAUUUCCUAAUUAAAGAACUAUU